GUUCAGAGAAUCAGAAACUGAACUCUCAUCGAUCUGUGGAGUGUUUGGUGUUUCUAUCUGUGUGUGUUCAUACGGUGAAAUGGCAGAAGCGAGUAUUUCAGAGGAUCACUUCAUGUGUUCAGUGUGUCUGGAUCUACUGAAGGAUCCAGUGACUGUUCCCUGUGGACACACUUACUGUAUGAGAUGUAUCACAGACUGCUGGAAUCAAGAAGAUCAGACGAGAAUCUACAGCUGCCCUCAGUGCAGACAAACCUUCAGUCCAAGACCUGUUUUAGGAAAGAAUGUGAUGAUUGCUAAGAUUUUGGAGAAACUGAAGAAGACUAAAGUCAAAUGUGCUGUUUCUGAUCAGUGUUCCUCUGGAGCUGGAGAUGUGGAGUGUGACGUCUGUACUGGAAGAAAACACAAAGCCAUCAAAUCCUGUCUGCUGUGUCUCAACUCUUACUGUCAAACUCAUCUUGAGCAACACGAGAAUCUCUUCAGAGGUCAAAGACACAACCUGAUAGACGCCACUGCACCACUUCAUGACAUGAUCUGCCCUCAACAUGACAAGAUUCUGGAGAUUUACUGUCGCACGGAUCAGAAGCUUAUAUGUAUGCUGUGUAUGAUGGCCGAACAUAAAAACCAUGAGACGGUUUUAGCUGCAGAAGAGGAAACACACAAAGAGAGACAUUUAAAGGAGACAAAAAGAAAUUUUCAGCAGAGAAUCCAGAAAAGAGAGCUAGAAAAGACCUCUGAGAGAGUGAAACACACAGAGAUUAUUCACAGUCCUGAACUCAAGACCAGAGAUCAGUUCCUCCAGUAUUCUCUUCAGUUGACUCUGGAUCUAAACACAGUGAAUAAACUUCUCCAUCUGUCUGAAGACAACACAGAGAUUACAAACAAUAACACACAGCGUCAGUAUCCUGAUCAUCCAGACAGAUUUGAUGUUGUGUUUCAGGUGUUGUGUAGAGAGAGUGUGUGUGGACGCUCUUACUGGGAGAUUGAGUGGAGUGGUCGUGUUGUUGAUAUAUCAGUGUCAUAUAAGAGCAUCAUGAGGAAGGGACGGGGUGAUGAGUGUGUGUUUGGACGUAAUGAUCAGUCCUGGAGUUUGAUCUGUCGUGGCUCCAGUUACUCAUUCAGUCACAAUAACAAACACACUAAUCUCUCUGUAAAGAUCAGAUCUAAUAGAAUAGGAGUGUAUGUGGAUGAGAGAGCAGGAAUUCUGUCCUUCUACAGCGUCUCUGACACAAUGACCCUCAUCCACAGCAUCAGCACCACAUUCACUCAACCUCUCUAUCCUGGAUUUUUUGUUUGUUAUAAAUCAUCAGUAAAACUGUGUGUUCAGUAGAUGAUACAGAAAUUACACAAGUUAUAUUUUAAAAUAAAAGACUUAAAAUAAAUGUCAAUCAAAUAAUUUGUUCAUCUUAUUGGCAAAGUCAUGAUGUGUAAUAUAAAGCAUCUUGUAAUAAUUAAGUGGUCAAUAAUAAAGAUGUAAAAUUAAAGAUGAAUGAAUGAAUAUUUAAAGGCCCCGUUUUUGAAUCUUUUAUUGUAUUUUUUGGGGGUGUUUAACAAUGUAUGUUCAUGUUUCUAGUUUUAAAAAAACCUUUACAUCUAACAUAUUUCAAGUCUAUACGAAACGACUGGAUUUCUUCCGGUUUCUUAAAAGUCCCUUCUUCCGAAACGCUCUUAUUGGUAAAACUGACCAGGUCUGUCGUGAUUGGUUCCCCGCUUAUUGGAGAGUGUGUGUGAACAUGUCCCACCCAUACCAUAUUAGCGAGUUCCGCUCCUCAAGCUGUUGUGAUUGGUGGGUCCCCCUCUCAGUGCAGGUGAAUUCAUAAGCUUUGGCUUUUAGCAAUAAACAUUACAAAUGACGUCAACUUCUCUUCAUCAGUUAAAAACAAGCGGAUCGAUCGAAGUAUUUACACC